AUGUCACUGGCAAGCUCAACUUUGGUCAUCAUCGGCGCGGGUGCUUUUGGUCUGUCCACUGCUUACCACCUGCUCGAACGUGGCUACACCGAUGUGACAGUACUCGAUCGUGCUGAACAUCUGCCUGCGAUCGAUGCAGCGAGCACUGACAUGAAUAAAGUGGUUCGUUCUUGUUACGGCGAUCCAGAAUACACGCGGCUUGCCCGCCAGGCGAUCGAAGAAUGGCGCAAUGAUAUGUGGCUAAACUGUUACCAUGAGUGCGGUGUCCUCAACUUAGGCGAUGCAUAUACUGAGCAGUCCAUUAUCAAUGAUAUCAAGCACGGCGCCAAGGUCGAGCGCUUAGAUAGUCCUGCAUCCAUCAGAGCACAGUUUCCUUCGGACCUUCACAAUUCUGGUAGACUUGGGACAUUCACGUCAUUGGACGUCUCUUCUACAAGCUACAUUAAUCGUGAUGGUGGUUGGGCAGAGGCUGAACGUGCAGUCGGCCUCCUCAUGGAACAUGUGAAGAAACGUGGUGUCAAAGUCCUGCCUGGCAAGGUAGUUCAAGAAUUGAUCAAAGACGAACGUGGACAAACAAAAGGCGUGCGCUGUGCCGAUGACUCUGAAUACGAGGCCAAUGUAGUGGUCCUUGCUCUUGGUUCGUGGACUGCGAGCGUAUUCCCGUCGUUAAACCUGACGGGAAAGUGUCUUGCUACGGGUCAAAGCAUAGCGACGAUCCAACUUACACCGGAGGAGGCAGAGGAAUAUCGCAAGACACCUGUCGUACUUGAUUUCAGGACCGGUUUCUAUGUUUUCCCACCAACACAUCGUAAUGUUGUCAAAUUUGCAAUUCAUGCUGCUGGACACACCCACGCAGUUCCUGGAUCCACCAUAUCAACCCCGCGCACGAUCGUCUCUGACCCAGACAAUGGCCAGUGGAUACCGCGGUCAGUCUUGAAGGAACUAAGGGUCCAGCUGCGGAGUGUAUACCCUGCGCUUGCCGAAAAACCCUUCAGUGGGACAAGGAUGUGUUGGUACACCGAUUCGCCAGAUGGUGAUUGGGUCAUUGGACACUAUCCCGGCGACUCGGGACUGGUUCUGGCAACCAGCGGAAGUGGACAUGCGUUCAAGUUCCUCCCUACCCUAGGGAAGCUUGUGGUCGACGUUAUAGAAAACAAGCUAGACCCCAAACUUGCAGCACGGUUUGCUGUCGAUCGACAGGUGAAACCCCCCAACGGCGAGCGAAAGUCAGUUGUUUCUCAAGAGCUCAACAUCGACGAAUUGUGUGGACCGGAGGAUCUGAUACCAGCGUUAUAA